UGUACCUUGGCUUCAUUACUGUAGACCUCAACUCUGAUUUACUUAUUUUCAAUUUUGAAGAACUGCUUCUCUCGUCUUUUUACAUUCUUUCCAAAUUCCAAUUCAGCCUAAAUUCUCCAAAUCCACCAAUAAAAUAUCAUGAUUAGCAUUCUUGCACAAGAGCGUCUGCUUGGUGCUGUUCUGGGGAGUGCCUUCGUGGGUGUUGUUGUUUUUGAGCAAAGGAAACGCAUCUAUGAAUCCAUUUCUGCGGACCGUAAUCAAUUGGAUGCCCAAUCUCAGUUGAGAGAGCCCAUAUGUGGAAAGCAAUUUCGUUCACAAUUUGAACUUCAGUGGAACAAAGCUGUGGAUGAGACAUUUAAACCUGCGGUUGCUUCUCUUAAUUCACGCAGGCAGUAAAGAUUUUGUAGUAGUUCCACUAUAGAUGUAAGAAUAUCUUUAACAGAAAUUUGUGCAUGCAAUAGCAUGUGCAUAUCAAUAUUUUGACAGCUUGUUCUUCCUAAAUCAUAUUUGCGGGACAGGUGUCCUUUAACACCUGAGAAUUCUGUAUCAAAUUAAAAUUGCAGGGAAAAUUAGUUCCUAAUUGUACUGAAA